GUAUUCUGUAUAUUGAAAGAUGACACAAAAAUUAUGGCAGAUAUAGGAACACUGAGAUUGCUGUUUUUAGCAGCAAAUCUGUUUUUCUGGUUCAUUGGCGGAGGACUUCUUGGAUUCGUAGGAUGGACUUUGAGUACAUUGCCGAGUACAUCAGGAUUUAUGUCUGGCAGUUUUUUAGUAUUUUAUGCCGGCAUAGCCAUUGGUGUCCUAAUAGCUCUUGCUGGACUCGUAGGAUGUCUUGGCGGCAUGUUUGGAAGCAUGCUAUUAUUGAAAGUGUACCUUGGACUUUCAAUGACGUUUGGAAUGAUAGAGAUUAUUCUGAUUAUCGUAGUGUACACGCAAAAAGAUCAGAUACCCUCCAUAUUAGAAGCCACAUGGAAUGAAGUGAACGAUGAAGCCAGAUACACAAUUCAGACUGGGUUGAAAUGUUGUGGAAUAAAAAGUUAUAGUGAAUAUGGCAGUGACUAUGCCAGCUUUCCUGACAGCUGCUUUAAAGUAUCAGAGAUGUUUGGAACAGUUACUGCAAAACGAGAAUCAACACUCUAUACCAUAUCGUGCCUAUCUGCAAUCCAAACAUGGCUGACAGACAAUAUGGCAAUAUGGAUCGCUGUCCUCGUUGGAAUCGCUCUAGUACAGAUAGUCAGUGGAAUGUUGUCUUGUCAAGUCUUCACUCGUCUCCACGAAAAGGUAAGAGUAAGACCGAUGAUGGGCGAGGAUCCGAACGAGCUUAAUCUAGCAGGUUCAAAAUCCAAACAGGAAGAAUUGAAUGAUUUGGACUUGACCGAAAACGAAAGAAAUAUAGAUGGCGCUAGUUGUAAUUCUACAUCUACGAUAGAACAAGAGGAAGGCCAUAACAGAAAAAACGCUGGCAUUGUUGCUGUGGUAAAUUUAGAAAGUAACGACAAUCUGGAAGAUUCUAUGUCCGAAAAAGAUAUAAACGAUAAGGAGUUUGAGUUCAAAUCUGAACCACAGUUAAAUGCUGAUGACCUUGAAAAAAGUUUACACUUUGCUGAAAAAAAUGCUGAUAGUGAUGAUGAAAAUGUGCAAGAACAAAAACUGUAUACAGAGAGUACUAAAGAACUGUGUCCCCCUCCUGUUGUGAGUAAGGACGAAGCUAGUCGAUCUAGAUCUGUCAUUACAAAUGACUCAAAUGACGACCCGAGUCGAGAUAAAACGAUCGACAAUAACGAAAAUUCUUCUGUCCGAUCAGAGUCAGUUUCAUCUUAUAAACAUAUGUCAGAUAGCAGACGACAAAUCAGUGUUUCUGAUGAAAACAAUUUUGAACCAGAAGUAAAGUCUUAGAAAAUCCAUGAUGAUAACUUAAAAAUAGUCUUUAUCAGAUAUUUCAUUUAGUAAUUAACAUUUGUAUAAGAUAAACUAUGUACAUGACAGAGUGGACGCUUUACAAAACAAUAUUAAUUUGAAGAAUCUGGACAUGAAAAAUUAUCCAUGUAUACAGUUCAUUCGUUUAUUAAACAUGAUUAAAUAUUAGAAAACUUAAAAAAAAGUUUCAACAAUUAUAUAAUCAACUUUUUGAUAAUUCUUCAUAAAUAAACAACCAUCAAAGCACCAUUUAUUGGUUACAUGUAGCAUUAAUAAUAUCAACUUAUAAAUACUAUACUUGUACAAAAAUACAUGCUAUGCUAGGUUUCAAUGGCUCUUAAAUAUUCAUACAUGAUUUUGAAGAAAAAACGAUUCAAUUGCUUAAAUUGAAAUCGUUCCUGACAAAUUGUCACAUAUUCAUGUGUUUCCGUAAAUCUGAAAGAAAUUUGAUU